AUGAGAGAAUCAAAUACUCCCAUCACGUCUAAAUUCAUUGAUCCUACCAAGAAGGAAUUAACCCUUGAACAAAAGAAUAUCAUCGAAGCUAAUAGACAAAAGGCGUUGGAGAUACGAAGGAGGUUAGCUGAAACUAAUCGUGAUGGAUCAAUUAAUCCUCAUAUUGUGGAAGAUAAUAUACGGCUUAAUCAUAAUAAUAAGGAAGAUUUUUCAGCAGAGAAGAAAAGUUAUAAGUAUGAACCACCAGCGAUUAAGAGAAAGGAUUAUAUUGAAUAUGAUUUUUCUACCAUGAAGGAUAGUCGAGGUGGGUUUUUACCUGAUGAACUUGAAGAAAGUAGUAGUAAAGAGAAAGAAGAUGCUAUGGGACUUGAAGAAUGGAAGGAGAAACAAAAGAAACUACAAGAGAUUAAAGAAUUACCACCACCAUUGAAUAUAGAAGAUGCUCCUAAAUGUUUUGAAUGUGGAUCAUUAGAAGUUGAUCCUAAUUUAUAUACAAAUUUCCGUCAAGUUAGAGCAUGUCGGAAAUGUAUGAGAGAGAAACCGGAGAAGUAUUCAUUAUUAACUAAGACUGAAUGUAAAGAAGAUUAUUUAUUGACUGAUCCUGAAUUAAAGGAUUUAAAUUUAUUACCAAGAAUUGAAAAACCAAAUCCUCAUGGAUAUAGUCGAAUGCAGUUAUUCUUAAGGUUUCAAGUUGAAGAAUAUGCUUGGAAAAAAUGGGGAUCAUCAGAUGGAUUAGAUGAAGAAUGGGAGAAAAGAGAAAGUAAUCGAUUGAAAAGACGAGAUAAAAAGUAUAAUGAUCAAUUGAAAGAGAUGAGAAAGAAGACUAGAGCUGAAGAGUAUACUAGGAAAUUGAGGAAUGGACAAGGAUUAGGAGAAAGACAUGUUCAUGAAUGGUCAGCUGGUAUGGCAAUACCAGGUAAGGGUAAUGAAAAUAUGAUUAAGAGGAGAUGUAUGGGAUGUGGGGUUGAAACGGAAGAGAUAUUGAUUUGA